CAUACGUCUAACUCUCCACAUGCAAAUCCUACGAACCACUCACAUCAUCUACUCAAAACCUACUUUCAUCAAUUAAUUGAAUUGAAUUCAAUUACCCCCCACACAGUUCCCCUCCCUCCCGUCCAGACCUAGACUGGAAGAAAAAGAAGAGGGGUCCAUUGAAAAAUCAUCUCCCCGCACCCCUCCAUCACCACAUUACAUCCAUCCACCUACCCAUCAUCCAUCCACACAAACCACACACAGAGAAAGAAAGGGAUAAAGAAAGAAACAAAAGAAUGACAUCCCAAAAUACCCUCCCCACCUCCCCCACAAGCCUCAACGUGAUCGCCCUCAUCUCCGGCGGGAAAGAUUCUCUCUAUUCGAUCCUGCACUGCAUCCGCAAUGGCCAUAAGGUCGUGGCGUUGGGGAAUUUGUAUCCGAAACGUACCACCACCAAUACCACCAACAACGACAGCAAUGCUACAGAAACCAGCAGGGAUGAUAAGGGGGAUGAAGAGGAGGAGGAAGAAGAAGAAGACAUCGACAGCUUCAUGUACCAAACGAUCGGACACAGCAUCAUCCCUCAAUAUGAAUCCGCCUUAGGAAUCCCGUUGUAUCGACAGGAGAUUGUGGGCUCCGCGGUUGAUACGGGGAGGGUUUAUCGGGACACUUCUUCUUCUUCUUCUUCUUCUUCUUCUCCUAAAGGAGAUGGUAAUGAGGAGGGAACUGAGGAGAAGGAUGAAACCGAAUCCCUCAUCCCGCUCCUCACACGAAUCAAACGGGCUCACCCCGAAGCAAACGCGAUCUCGGCCGGCGCGAUCCUCUCAACCUACCAACGAACGCGGAUUGAGAACGUCGCCGCGAGAAUGGGUCUCGCUCCGCUGGCGUGGCUAUGGAUGUACCCGGUUUUGCCGGCGCCAGUGGAGCGAUUAGGGCUACCGGGGGAGGCGGGAUUGUUGGAGGAUAUGGCGGCGGUGGGGUGCGAGGCGCGGAUUAUCAAGGUUGCGUCGGGGGGAUUGGAUGGGGGGUUUUUGUGGGGGGAUGUGGCGGGGAGGGAUGGGAUG